GCGAGUGAAGAUGACAGAAAGGAUGUGACCUCCACUUACCUUCAUCCAUCUGCCAAGUGGCGCCACCAUGCAGAAGCCCAGCGGCCUGAAACCCCCCGGUCGUGGAGGGAAACACUCCAGUCCUGUGGGCCGGACGUCCACAGGGUCAGCUUCAGCCUCGGCGGCAGCAGCAACCACUGGCUCUAAGGAAGGCUCCCCGCUGCACAAGCAGGCAUCCAGCUCCUCCUCCUCCCCGGCAGCCACCGCCCCUGAGAAGCCGGGCCCAAAGGUGGCCGAGGUGGGCGAUGACUUCUUGGGGGACUUUGUACUGGGCGAGCGGGUGUGGGUGAAUGGCGUGAAGCCAGGCGUGGUACAGUACCUAGGCGAGACACAGUUUGCACCCGGGCAGUGGGCAGGCGUGGUACUGGAUGACCCAGUGGGCAAGAAUGAUGGUGCAGUGGGCGGCGUGCGCUACUUCGAGUGCCCAGCCCUGCAGGGCAUCUUCACGCGGCCCUCCAAGCUCACGCGGCAGCCCACAGCCGAGGGCUCGGGCAGUGACACCCAUUCAGUGGAGUCGCUGACUGCCCAGAACCUGUCGUUGCAUUCGGGCACGGCCACGCCCCCAUUGACCAGCCGUGUCAUCCCGCUGCGGGAGAGCGUCCUCAACAGUUCGGUGAAGACAGGCAACGAGUCGGGCUCCAACCUCUCAGACAGUGGCUCCGUGAAGCGAGGUGACAAAGAUCUGCGCCUAGGAGACCGUGUGUUGGUUGGUGGGACGAAGACUGGUGUGGUGCGGUACGUGGGGGAGACAGACUUUGCCAAGGGCGAGUGGUGUGGCGUGGAGCUGGACGAGCCCCUUGGGAAGAAUGAUGGGGCGGUGGCGGGUACCAGAUAUUUCCAGUGCCCACCCAAGUUUGGUCUCUUUGCACCCAUCCACAAGGUGAUCCGCAUCGGCUUCCCGUCCACCAGCCCAGCCAAAGCCAAGAAGACUAAGCGUAUGGCCAUGGGUGUCUCAGCAUUGACCCACAGUCCCAGCAGUUCCUCCAUCAGCUCUGUCAGCUCUGUGGCCUCUUCUGUCGGGGGCCGACCCAGCCGCAGUGGCCUGCUCACAGAGACCUCUUCGCGCUAUGCCCGCAAGAUCUCAGGCACAACAGCCUUGCAAGAGGCCUUGAAGGAGAAGCAGCAGCACAUUGAGCAGUUACUGGCUGAACGAGACCUGGAACGGGCUGAGGUGGCCAAGGCCACAAGCCACAUCUGCGAGGUGGAGAAGGAGAUCGCCCUGCUCAAGGCACAGCACGAGCAGUAUGUUGCAGAAGCCGAAGAGAAACUACAGCGGGCCCGGCUGCUAGUGGACAGCGUGAGGAAGGAAAAGGUGGACCUGUCCAACCAGCUGGAAGAGGAGAGGAGGAAGGUAGAGGAUCUGCAGUUCCGAGUGGAGGAGGAAUCCAUCACGAAGGGAGACCUGGAGACCCAGACGCAGCUGGAACACGCGCGCAUUGGGGAGCUGGAGCAGAGCCUGCUACUGGAGAAGGCGCAGGCCGAGCGGCUGCUCAGAGAAUUAGCGGACAACAGGCUGACCACAGUGGCUGAGAAGUCGCGAGUGAUGCAGCUAGAAGAGGAGCUAAGCCUACGCCGUGGCGAGAUCGAGGAGCUGCAGCAGUGUCUGUUGCACUCGGGCCCGCCACCCCCGGACCACCCUGAUGCUGCUGAGAUCCUGCGGCUGCGGGAGCGGUUGCUGUCAGCCAGCAAGGAGCACCAGCGGGAGAGCGGGGUGCUACGGGACAAGUAUGAGAAGGCACUGAAGGCCUACCAGGUGGAGGUGGACAAGCUCCGGGCAGCCAACGAUAAGUAUGCACAGGAGGUGGCUGACCUCAAGGACAAGGUCCAGCAGGCCACCAGUGAGAACAUGGGACUCAUGGACAACUGGAAGUCCAAGCUAGACUCUCUGGCCUCUGACCACCAGAAGUCCCUGGAGGACCUCAAGGCCACUCUCAGCUCGGGCCCAGGCGCCCAGCAGAAGGAGAUUGGGGAGCUGAAGGCUGUGAUGGAGGGGAUCAAGAUGGAGCACCAGCUGGAGCUGGGCAAUCUGCGCGCCAAGCACGACCUGGAGAUGGCCGUGCACGUGAAGGAGAAGGAGGCCCUGCGGCAGAGGCUGCAGGAGGCACAGGAGGAGGUGGCGGGGCUGCGGCAGCACUGGCGGGCCCAAUUGGAGGCACAGGCCGGCCAGCACCGGCUGGAGCUGCAGGAGGCCCAGGACCAGCGCCGAGAUGCUGAGCUGCGAGUACAUGAGCUGGAGAAGCUGGAUGCUGAGUACAGGGGCCAGGCUCAGGCUAUUGAGUUCCUCAAGGAGCAGAUCUCGCUGGCCGAGAAGAAGAUGCUGGACUAUGAGCUGCUGCAGCGGGCAGAAGCCCAGAGCAAGCAAGAGGCAGAGCGGCUGCGGGAGAAGCUCCUGGUUGCCGAAAACAGACUGCAGGCGCUGGAGGCCCUGUGCGCAUCCCAGCACUCCCAUGUGAUUGAGUCGAACAGCAUUUCGGAAGAGACGAUCAGGACGAAGGAAACUCUGGAAGGCCUGCAGGACAAGCUGAACAAGAGGGACAAAGAGGUGACAGCCUUGACAUCCCAGACCGAGAUGCUCAGGGCCCAAGUAAGUGCACUGGAGAGCAAGUGCAAGUCGGGAGAGAAGAAGGUGGAUGCCCUCCUGAAGGAGAAGCGGCGUCUGGAAGCUGAGCUAGAGGCUGUGUCCCGGAAGACCCAUGACGCCUCGGGCCAGCUGGUCCUCCUCAGCCAGGAGCUGCUGCGAAAGGAGCGGAGCCUGAAUGAACUGCGUGUGUUGCUACUGGAAGCCAAUCGUCACUCCCCAGGGCCCGAGAGAGACCUGAGCCGUGAGGUGCACAAAGCUGAGUGGCGGAUCAAAGAGCAGAAACUCAAGGAUGACAUCCGGGGCCUGCGAGAAAAGCUGACAGGGCUGGACAAAGAGAAAUCCCUGUCAGAGCAGAGGCGCUACUCCCUCAUCGACCCAUCCUCAGCGCCCGAACUCCUGAGACUGCAGCACCAGCUGAUGAGCACUGAGGAUGCGCUGCGGGAUGCACUGGACCAGUCUCAGCAGGUGGAGAAGCUCAUGGAGGCCAUGAGGAGCUGCCCCGACAAGGCCCAGACCAUCGCCAAUUCUAGUUCUGCAAACGGCAUCCACCAGCAAGACAAAGCCCACAAACAGGAGGACAAGCAUUGACCAUGAGGGACACAAUGGAG